AUGGCGGAGAAUGCUUCACGAUGGAUGCAGCCCCCCACGGGCAGAAACAGCUUGCCGCCCGAACUUACCACUACAACGGCCAACGACACCACGACUUCCACUGCCGUGCCUGUCACCUCCUCCACCAACACCACCAUCCCUUUUGCCUCGACGACUGAUCCCAAUCUUUUCCACGGUCACGAGGGGCCCUUUGUGCAGCCCUCUUCCUACCUCCGGCCUCGAGGUCUCUCCCAUCCAAUGCCCCCAGCCCAGCCCGAGAGGGCAAUUGAUCGGGAAGAACGUGAGGGCCUAUGUGCCAUCCGCAACUUCCUCAAAGUCCGGACCAGUUACGAUGUUCUCCCUCUCAGUUUUCGGUUAAUCAUAUUUGAUACAUCACUAUCUGUGAAAGAGAGCUUGAAUAUUUUGAUACAAAAUGGCAUGUAUCCAUUUGCCUUCGUUGGAGAGAGUGGGCGCUCGGAAGCGAUCCUCGAGUCCAUCCGAACGCUGCUCUCCCAACGCAUAUUCGAUGGCAUCGUAUCGGCUCCGUUAUGGGAUUCCAAGACCUCGACCUUUGCUGGUCUCCUGACCACCUCCGACUACAUAAAUGUGAUACAGUAUUAUUUUCAGAAUCCUGCAGCGCUCGACCAGAUUGAUCAAUUUCGGCUGGACAGUCUCCGAGAAGUGGAAAAGGCCCUGGGGGUUGCACCCCCUGAGACAAUCUCGAUUGAUCCAGAACGGCCGCUGUACGAGGCUUGUCGUCGCAUGCUGGAAUCUCGCGCUCGCAGAAUUCCUCUUGUCACGAAUGAUAGCCAGACGGAUCGACCUCAUGUUCUCAGUGUCGUCACUCAGUAUCGCAUUCUCAAGUUCGUAGCCGUCAAUGUGAAUGAUACGCAGAAGUUGCGGAAGCCGCUUGGGGAGAUUUUGCUGGGUACCUAUAAUAAUAUUGCAACGGCAUCAAUGGAUACACCUGUGAUUGAUGUCAUCCACAUUCUCGUGGAGCGAAGCAUCUCAAGUGUGCCUAUUUUGAAUUCCAAAGGCGUUGUUUACAAUGUGUUUGAAGCAGUCGAUGUGAUCACUCUCAUCAAAGGGGGUGUUUAUGACGAUUUGAGUCUCACAGUCGGUGAGGCGCUGAAAAAGCGUAAUGCGGAAUUCCCUGGUAUCUAUACAUGCUCCCUGACAGAUGGGCUGGACACCAUUUUCGAUACGAUUCGCAAAUCUCGCGUGCACCGCCUGGUUGUGGUGGAUGAACACUUCCGACUCAAAGGCGUCCUCACGUUGAGUGAUAUUUUACAAUACAUUCUCCUCGAAGGCGAAAAUGACGAAUCACCAUGA